AUGUAGUUUUAGGAUUUUUCUAUAGAGUUUAUUUUGCAAAAUAGUGAUCAAUCGUCUAACUCUAAAUUCAACUUUAAGAAAUCCCAAUUUUAUUUAAUAACUAAAAUACAAUAAUUACAUUAUGAUGAAUUGCUUUCAAAUAUUAAUGAUCUGGCUCAACAAGAUAAAUAAACGGUGACUUUAGAUGAGUGCAGAAUAACAAAAGAUAUAGAAACAAAUAAAAUAAGAUUUUUAACUAAACAUUUAGCAAUAGCCAAAUCUAAGAUAUUAAAUAAUAAUUAUAAACACCUAAUACUAAUAUAAAUAUAAAAUAAGAAUAAUAGAUUAGAUUACAGAAUUUAGAUGGAAUUCCAAGUUCUUUUAAAAAGUAGCUUCAGAAAAAACUUUGAAAAAUAUAUGCCAAAGUCAAUAAAAUUGAGAAUAGUCAAUACAAAUAGUUUAGUAGGUUAGGAUGAAAAAACAAAUUUUUUACAAGGAGAUUUUAUUCAAAAAUAAGAGAACAAAUAGAAAAAUUUAUGCACAUAAUAAGAAUGCUUACAGGUGAUUGGGAUCUUUAAAGAUUUUUUUUUCCAUUCAGUUGGAGGAAGAGCUGGCUCAGGAUUUGGAUCUCUUUUAUUGGAGUAAAUAUCUAUGUAAUAUCCACUGAUGUCUGCAUAAAUAAAAUUAGAAAUUUAAAAGCCUUAGUAUGCAAAUUGUAAUAGAAUAAUAGCUUAAUCAAUAUCUUCACUAACUUGUCCUGUUCGAAUGAAAGGUAAUUUUUAAACACUUGACAAGUUUCAAUACAGACUUGUUACUUUUUUAACAACCCACUUUUUAUUUUCAUCUUCUGCACUAUUUGAAAGAAUUGAAAAAUUCAAUAAGGAACAAAUCUUUACAUCAGUUCUCAAGUAUGAAAUCCCCAAACCAUUAAAUAUGAUAGCUAAAGGCAAUCCUGCAAAUGGCAAAUAUAUGUUAUGCUCUGUUCUUUAUAGAGAUGGUGUAAGAUUUUUUUAGAUUGGUGCAACUGCUGCUUCAAUAUGUAUGUAAAAGACAGUUUCUUUUGAUCAAAUUAUUUCUAAAUAAAGAGAUUCCGUGUGCAUUUCCAAAGGAGAAAUGGGUCAGUUUAAUAGGUCAACCUUAUUGAUAGGCAAUUGUACAUCAAUAAACAUAUUAUUCUCAUAAUUGAAUGAUAGAUUUGAUGAAAUGGUUAAUAAAAAAUUAUUUUUCGAUUUGUAUGAUUAGGAUGGAAUUUCAGAAGAAGAAUUUGAAUACUCUAGAGAGAACUUUUCUACCUCAG